AUGGCUGCCGCCGACGGGACGAGCGGCACGGACCCGGCCCACGAGCUUAUCCGCUGCCUAGCAGGGCUCCCCACCUCGGAGCUGGCGCGCUUUACGCUGCAGCGUCCGGAAGUCGCUCGCGUCUUUGCUGCGUCGCUCAAUGCGCUGGCCGUGCAUACCGCCUCGAGCCUCGUGCCGCCCGCCAACGUACACUCGCACGCGCAGAGCUACGUCGAGAUCCUCGCACGACUCAUCGAGCGCGGCGAUCCGUCCCUCGCAAGGACGUUCGUACCCACACACGGCGCGCUCGUCGACCUCGCCAUCGUCACGCCGCCAACGGCAACGCCCUUGCUGGUGGCGGUUCUCGAACGCCUGCUCGACACGAGCAACGCGCAGCAGAUCCUCGCAGGGUUGCACGCGCAGCUGGAAAGCAUCGCAGGCUCGUCGUCCGAAGAUGGCAGUGCGGUGGUGUUGACGCGUACGCUGGCUAGGCUUGCAUAUGCAUUCCUCAGCGCAUGCCCUGCACGACUGCUCAAGGACAGCGCAGACACCCUCGCCGCGUUCGCGCGAACCUGCUUCCAGCUCUACGACCAGACGCUUCCGCACGCCGCUAGCCUUGCAGGUGGUGCAGGCGCACGAGGCUCAGCGGGCGAGGUGCUUAGUUUGGACGCAGCGCAGGUAGACACAGGAAGCUGGCAGGCACAGUGGCUGACGUGCCGCGUCGACGUGCUGCAGCUGCUCGUGCUCGUGCUGGCCAGCCUCGAGAGCUACAUCGCGCUGACGGGCGAGCUCAAGCAGGCGCUCGCCGUUACGCAGCAGCUGCUUGUACGAGGCGGAUCGUCGGCGCUCAUCAACUCGACCGCACUACUCGAUGUGGCUGCGACGGCGGAUGCGUGGCUCGCAGUGCGCGCGCAAAUCCUCGCCGCGCUUGCCAACGAUCGCUCGUACGGGGAGACCUUGUCGUCCAUCGAGGCGCUCACGUCGACGGUGCCCAGAUUCAGCGGCGCAGCAUGGUCGGUUCUGCAGCGUCUGACUUCUGGCCCGCGUGCACCUUCGUCCGUAGCGACGGCGACGGCGGCGGCGGGGGUAUCGGACGAGGUGGUGGCGGCAGUCGACUCGGUGCUGCCACACUACGGCGUGGCGCGGCUUCGCACCAUCCUUGCUCAGCCGUCGUUUGUGGGGCAGAAUGCAGAGAUGGUCAUCCAGCGUCUGCUGGAAGGCGACGAGGGUGCCGCCGUUUCCGCGUCGCCGAGCGUGGAAGCCGGAGCAAGUACAUCGCAUCUUGCGCCUGCGAUGGAGGCCCGCGCAUCCGAGGUUGGGCGGUCGCUGGUCAAGUCGCGAGCGAACGUGUUUGGUGCGUUUGACUUUGACGCGUCGACGAUCGCAGCAUCCAAGACGGCGCGUACGGCGCGGGUGGAUGAGCUGACACCCUCGCUGAAAGCGGCGAUUCUGGCGCGUGCCGAAGCGGAGUCGUCGGACGAGGACGAGGAGUGGAAUCCCUUCGCGGCCCCGGCACGCACUGUGGGUGUUGAAGACGAGCUUGACCUCGAUGAGGAUGGACGCGAAACGCGCGCCGCGUCGGACGACGAAGACGAUGCAGAGGCCAAGGUGCGCGAGCGAAUGCUGUUGCGCCACUACGUCGAACAGGGAGCUUCGUCUUUCGGCUCGGAUGCCGCGGCUAGACGCAGUGCAGAGAGGCAGAAGCUGCGCGAUGCAACAGGAUGGUCGGACGACCUGCUCGAGUCGUGGGCAGUCAUGCUGGAUCGUAAUCCCCGCAAAGAUCGGCUGCUCGCUGCGGCGUCCCAGGCCCAACUGGAUGACCAUCUUGCAUCAGUCAAUGCGGCGCGAGAAGAAAAGCUCUUCGGCCCAGAUAAGGGUCGCGGCGGAAGAAUGCCCAAGCCCAAUCCUCAACCGGGCAAGACGGGGCAGGGAGUUCCCAAACAGGCACCCUCGCAACGCGCAGCCAAACACAAGGAGAAACAGGGCAACAAAGCGCGUCGACAAGGCCACGACAAAAAGAUGGCGCGCGUCAACACCUAG